UCCUGCACUCCAAUCCCUUACCUCAAGCCCCUUUCUGCACCCAGCCUCCAUCCCACACACCGCACCUUCUCCAUCAAUAUCAUGGAAAAGUCCCACCCUUGACCACUUUCCAAAAUCUUGGAGUGGCCCCCUGUCAAAGAUUAUUGCCCACCCCUGUUCUGGACAGAAUCAAAUUACUUAACCAAGAAUUGAUCUUACAAGUCAGAACUCUGUGACCAUAGGUAUUUUUAAAUUGUAUGUAUUCAUUGAUUGUAACAUUGGAACAUUACUAAAUGGCAUCCUCUAGCCUCAGCCUCUUCCUUUCAGUUGUGGGCUCCUGUAUGUAUCUUUCAGAUUGAUCGCAGUAGAUGAGAGCUUGAUGACAUUAUGCAGUUAAUUUAAACAGCUUGGAAACUGGUAACCACUGGAUUUUCUCUUGUAUUCACCCACUGUUCUGUGCAGCUGCCAGGCAUGUGACUUCACUAAGUAAACUUGAUUCCUUAAUAAUUUAACCUUUUUGCAUGUUUGUUAAAUUCUUUGCCAGGUUCCUGACUAGACAAGUUGAGUUAAAGGAAACUUCUUUCUUGUCAUUUUUGAAUAACAUAAACUGAGAGCAUCUUCAUCUUUAACUUUCAAGGAAGAAUUUAGCGUUGUGAAUACUAAACAGAAUCAUAGCAAGCUGUCUGGAGCUGUAAUUCUAGUGGCUUUCCUGCUGUUUUUUCUGAUUCUCUUCUAACCACACAGGAGAUCCUAAGUGUGUAUUCUCUCCACUUGUUAACCUUCUUAAUUAACACUAGAUCUUAACGACAGGAUAGAAUACCCCUGAACUUCUAACAAAUCCAAAUUUUGCUCAUUGAUUGUUGCCGCAUGGGAGUGAUUCCUUCCUGUAUUUCAGACUUGGCUGUGUGUGAACUUAUUCAGAAUGCAGUGUGAUCAGUGUGUCUCACUUAACUCUGACGUUGUCUCUUUUCCCUUCUUUUCUGCCUGCCUGCUGCUUUCAUUCUGUAGUAUUGGUAUUUGCCAUUCAUUUCACCUUCUGCAUCUAUGCAUCUCAUGAGCUCUGAGCUUUUCACUCUGACCUAUGGAGCUUUGGUCACUCAGCUGUGUAAAGAUUAUGAGAAUGAUGAAGAUGUCAACAAACAGCUUGACAAAAUGGGCUACAACAUAGGAGUUCGGUUAAUAGAAGAUUUUCUGGCCCGGUCCAAUGUAGGAAGAUGCCAUGACUUCCGGGAAACUGCAGAUGUUAUUGCGAAGGUAGCAUUUAAAAUGUACCUGGGCAUCACCCCGAGCAUCACCAACUGGAGCCCAGCAGGCGAUGAGUUCUCCCUCAUCUUGGAAAAUAACCCCCUGGUGGACUUUGUGGAGCUGCCUGAUAACCACUCAUCUCUUAUUUACUCCAACCUCUUGUGUGGGGUGCUGCGAGGAGCCCUGGAAAUGGUUCAGAUGGCCGUGGAUGUGAAAUUUGUCCAGGAUACAUUGAAAGGAGAUGGCGUCACAGAAAUACGGAUGAAAUUUGUCAAGCGGAUUGAAGACAAUCUCCCGGCUGGAGAGGAGUGAGUCACAGUGCAAUCUUCCCAAGGGACUGGAGGCACCAGCCCUUAGCUCUUAUCAUGGAUUCAUAGGGAUUUAGUGCCCCCCUUUAAAUUCCAACUCCUAGAGACUCACCGACUGUUUAAGUUGUGUUAUUUCCAUUUUCCAUAUCAGAAAACUGUGUUGUUCCACUGAUCCCACAGGUUCAUUCUAAAGAUUUUCAGAGUGUGGAUAACUUUUUCAUACAACCCACGGAGACUCUUUCUACAUUCAGUUUUUAGUUGGAUACUGGGCUGUGUGCAAAGUUUGCUCCUUAAACGCUAAAAGAUCUCCAGGAGGUUCAAAUAUGGGACUGAGUUUUAUAAUCAAAAUUGGAGACCGAGCGCAAAGAGAACCCACCACAGGAGCUGUUUUCUUCUUGGGACCCAUGCAUUGUUCCCACUGAUGCGUAUGCGGGCUAUGCUACUCUUGCAGGUAGAGGGGGUGAAGCAUGUGUUUGACUGUCUCUAGCAGCAAAGGAUGAAGCAUAUAAAGCAAUAGGAAUGGGAGUGUCCAAUGGAGUAUACAGUAGGUCUCAUUUUUCCAGCUGGUCAGCACCUUACUGAAGACACCUGACUGUUGUUAAAACUCUGCAGUAGGUCCAGUGAGUGGAAAAAGUGAGGGCAGGCCACUUCAAACAAGUCCUUUUUGUCUAAAAUAAUGCUUGGGGGCUCUUCAGUGUAAAUGACCUGCUUCCAUUUGGGGUAAUGGUGCCUUGGGUGAGGGGUUUGGUGGUAAAGCAGACUUCUAGUUUGUCAGAGACUAUAUUUAAGGGCCAGCAGCAUCAGGCUCUUAGUUCAUUUAGCAGAACAGAAUUUCAGUUGCCAUAUUAGAACUCCGAGGCUUUGCCUUUUGCGUUAGUCCUAAGAGCAUAUCCAGUUUUUGCUGAAAAAAUAGCCCUGGUUAACUUGCUAUAAAUAUUUGGCUCUGAAGCAGCAGGGUCAACAUCCACUAUGGGGCAAGGUGUGGGGGAACCCUGGCUCUGUGCCCCCUGAAGGGGCAGGCAUUGGGUAGAAGGGGCGGGGCUGGGGGCAUUCAGCCCUUGGUGCUGCCCGGACUGCAGCCCGACUGUCAGUGCCUAAUGGGCCCAGUGCUUCGGCCACCGCUGUUGCAGCAGUAGCCGGGAUCUCCAAGCUCCUUUGAAUUGCUGGGUUCCGGGGUAACUGCCACCUUUGCCCCACCCUGUCAGCAGACCUGUUCUGAAGUGUCUGUUACUAAAUACUGGUCUCCAAAAUAGACACCGAAAUACUGCACAGAUCUCAUCUUCUUACUCAAAAGCAAAUGACUCGUAACUAAUUCUUAGUUUAAUAGUUCAAUACACAUAAUUCAAACCUCAUUGUCUUUAAGGGCUAGCCAGGGAAGACUGCUUUAGGGCGGUAUCCUAAGAGGAGGGUAGGCACCUUCCUUCAGAGGAGAAUGGCAUAAAGAUGAAGAGCAUAGUCAGCAUGUCAGGAUCUUCAAAUUACCUAUAUCCUUUUUGGAGGCAAAAUUCAGGGUUAUUUCCCCUACAACAGUGCUGCUAAGGGCAGAUGCUAUAGGACGCUGUGAUCUGGGUAUAUUGUGUUACAGCUGUAUUCUGACUGGUAUGUGAUAAAGUUCAUAAGAGGUUCUGAAAAAUUGUGUUGUAAUGCCCUGAAUAUUUUUCUUGGGAAAAAAAAUUACAGUGGUAGAAAUGUAUUCAGUAUUUCAUAGUGUGUACAGCCUGGGUUUUAUUUCCAUGGGUUGACAAUAUUUGGAUAGAUAUCCAGAUAUUAUAUCUGAACAUUACAAGUAUUAAAUGCAUUUCAGCUAAUGUAAUUCCAUUUUCCCCACUACGAUGUAUAAAUACUGCACAAGUGUGAAGCUUUGGUAUUUUCUGGUAGAUAAAUCCAAGAGGCUGGAAAAUUCACCUCUUGUUUUGUCACUGUUCAAUUAAAAAAUUCAGUUGGACAUUACAAAGUGUUUGGAGGAUGAAAAGCAAUUCAGUGCAAAGUUGUAAGAGUAAUUGUAGCAGGUAUUUUCAAAAUUAAUCCCUCUGGGACAUGAGUUGUGACGACCUGAAUGCCAGCAUUAGGAAGAAGUCAUGGACUUGGCUGUGCAGACCGAAAUCUCUUUUUAUCUGUAGUUAGGGGUUGUCUCCAAGUGGAAGAUGAUGUGCGCAUGCUGAAAGAUGUGUGUGAAGUUUAAGCUUCUGUCUCCUCUGCUUUAUCUGGUCUGGGAAUAGAUGUUGCAGUCUGUCACCCUUCACUAAUCUGAAAUGCCCUUUAGUGCACUUCUGCAAAAUCCUCUGCUGGGUACCUCUCUGACCCUGAACAGCUUCCCUAUCUGAGUCACAAUUUACCUUGGAGUUGGUGCAAUUCCAGUUCUGGGACAGUCCUGUCUCUUUCACUUUCUGGAGGGGGAUGGUGGGUAGGUUGUCAACAGAACUACAGUCACCAAGUUCAUUUCACCCAGUCAGUGGGUUGCCGAAGAUUUUGAAACAGAACUGUCUAAAUUGUAAAUACUCUUGUUAUGUAUUGGCCCAUCUGCUAUCUUAUUUAUAUCCCUCUAUGGGACGCCAGUUGCUGUUUUGAACAUCGAUCUGUCUGGAAUGUCAUCUGUUCUGGAAUUCCUGCCUUACCCAAAUGAAUUCUGGCAGCUACACAAGUUGAAUGCAUAAAACAGUGGCUUGCAAUUCUCCCUUAAGGAGGCAGUAAAAGACUAUAUUUAGAAAUUUGUAUUGACAGACCUGAUGGCUGAUGUGUGUUGGGUGUACAAUUACAAUGUGGUGGUGUUUCAAGGAUGUGUAAGGAUCAUUCUUUUUUUUCCUUCUUCUUCUUUAUUGGUCCUUGUAAACCAUUUUAAAGGCUGGAUUUUAAAAGCCAUUACAUUAAAAAAAAUCCCAAUGAUGA